AUGCCUUUACCUUCUACCACUUUAUUAACAACUAUCAAGCUGAGAGACAGAAAGAUGUAUCCUUCAGGCAGUAUCGAGCAAGAAGAUCGCAAGUUUGACUCUGAUAAUCUAACCAAAACGCCUACCUCUACGGUUGAUGAGUCAAGUACUUCUCAAGUUACUAUCAAGCAGGAUGAAACAAAGAAUUACCGCAGUUUAUGGAAUCAACAAGAAGAUGAAAUUGUUAAAGAAGGCUGUUACUACCACUAUGAUAUGUGUAAGAAGAGGUUGGCAAAUCUCGAUUUUAUGUUGGAACAUUGUUAA